AGCCUUCACGUGCUUCCGUCGCCCUGUAGGAAGAGGCGUGUGUAGCACCUGCGCGAUUGUGCUUGCAGCGGGUUCACGGAGUGCGCGUGGUGGGUGCUAGACUUCAGUCCCGGCGGCUGCUGCAGCUCGUGGAGCAAGCGGCUCACUGGCCAAUGUCUUGGCUCUUUGGCAUCAAGGGCUCCAAGGGUGAGGGCUCGGGGCCGCCGCUGCCCCUGCCGCCCUCGCAGCCUGGCCCUGAAGGCGGAGGCGAGCGCGGCGCUGGGGACCGGCCGGCGCCCAAGGACAAAUGGAGCAACUUCGACCCGACGGGCCUGGAGCGCGCGGCCAAGGCGGCGCGCGAGCUGGAGCACUCGCGACAUGCGAAGGAGGCGCUAAGCCUUGCCCAGAUGCAGGAGCAGACUUUGCAGAUGGAGCAGCAGUCCAAACUCAAAGAAUAUGAGGCUGCUGUGGAGCAGCUGAAGACGGAGCAGAUCCGCGUGCAGGCGGAGGAGAGGAGGAAGACUUUGAGCGAAGAGACACGGCAGCACCAGGCUAGGGCCCAGUACCAGGACAAACUGACGCGGCAGCGCUAUGAUGACCAGCUGAAGCAGCAGCAACAUAUGAAUGAAGAGAAUUUGCGGAAGCAGGAGGAGUCUGUGCAGAAGCAGGAGGCCAUGAGGCGAGCCACAGUGGAGCGGGAGAUGGAGCUGCGUCACAAGAAUGAAAUGCUUCGGGUGGAGGCCGAGGCACGUGCCCGGGCCAAGGCUGAUCGUGAGAAUGCAGACAUCAUCCGAGAGCAGAUCCGCCUGCGGGCAGCUGAGCACCGCCAGACCAUCCUGGAGUCCAUCCGGACAGCUGGCACCCUGUUUGGAGAAGGAUUUCGUGCCUUUGUGACAGACUGGGACAAAGUGACAGCCACGGUGGCAGGGCUCACCCUGCUGGCUGUUGGCAUUUAUUCUGCCAAGAAUGCCACCUCCGUUGCUGGGCGGUUUGUGGAGGCUCGGCUGGGUAAGCCCUCCCUAGUGCGGGAGACAUCGAGGAUCACAGUGCUGGAGGCGCUCAGGCACCCUGUGCAGGUCACCAGGCGGCUCCUCAGCAAGCCCCAGGAUGCAUUGGAGGGUGUCGUUCUCAGUCCCAGCCUGGAGGCACGUGUGCGUGACAUCGCCAUUGCCACGAGGAACACCAAGAAGAACCGGAGCCUGUAUCGGAACAUUCUCAUGUAUGGGCCCCCUGGGACUGGCAAGACACUCUUUGCUAAGAAAUUGGCGCUGCACUCAGGCAUGGACUACGCCAUCAUGACGGGCGGGGAUGUGGCACCUAUGGGCCGGGACGGCGUGACGGCCAUGCACAAGGUCUUCGACUGGGCCAAUACCAGCCGGCGAGGCCUCCUGCUCUUCGUGGACGAGGCAGAUGCCUUCCUCAGGAAGCGAGCCACUGAGAAGAUCAGUGAGGACCUUAGGGCCACCUUGAAUGCCUUCCUGCACCGCACCGGCCAGCACAGCAGCAAGUUCAUGCUGGUCUUGGCCAGCAACCAGCCUGAGCAGUUUGACUGGGCCAUCAACGACCGCAUUGACGAGAUGGUCAGCUUUGACCUGCCUGGGCGGGAGGAGCGUGAGCGCUUAGUCAGGAUGUACUUCGACAGAUACAUCCUGCAGCCAGCCACGGAAGGAACACAGCGUCUGAAGCUGGCCCAAUUUGACUACGGGCAGAAGUGCUCACAGAUCGCCCAACUGACAGAAGGCAUGUCAGGUCGAGAGAUCUCACAGCUUGCUGUGGCAUGGCAGGCCAUGGCAUACGCCUCUGAGGAUGGGGUCCUGACCGAGGCCAUGAUGGACAGCCGUGUCCAGGAUGCUAUCCAGCAGCACCAGCAGAAGAUGCAGUGGCUGAAGCCCAAGGGAACAGGAUCUGAGAGCAGCCAGUCCCUAUCCUGAGUGCCGGUCUGCCUUCAGGGCUCCCAGGUGGUGGCAGUGAGGCCACAACACCAGCACCACCUGGCCAGGAUGGCUCUGUAGGCCUUGGUGUCUAUAGUGGGCGGGUUUGCUUCUCAGGGCACCCCCACGCCCUCCAGGCUGGUGCCCUAGGGUGGCCAAAAGCAGGUGCUGGUGGGUCCCCAGCGUCAGGGGGAUAGUGACUGGCAGGGGGGUGUCCCAGCCCCUCCUGGAACCAGAGCCUGUCCAGUAUGUUGGAGAAGCCUGACCCCCAUCCCAGAGGGAACAUCCUUGUUACCACCCAAAGGCUUCCUCGAUUACAGCUGGGGCCUUUUUAUCCAGAACCUAAUAAAACCUCUGCUUAUAUCAAA